CACUAGACUGACAACAGAGCGCAGUGCCAGCCUCUUUUACACGAAAUAACUCGCUACUGAUACGCAAGGCUUUGAUUCCAGGCCCCAGCCUCACCACUGAUCGCCCAAGCAACGUUUCCCCAGCAAUCAUGGACCCCACCGCCCUCCAGCACCUCCAAGCCCUAGCCCAGCAACACGCCCUCGACCUAACCAACGCAAAAAUAAGACGCACGAGCAGCCGCUUCUGCCUAGGAGUAGAACACGGCGACUACAACGGCACGAACCUCUUCGGCGUCGGCACGGACCGCUACAUCUGGGUCGCGUACAAGGCGAACGGCACGAAUACGAUACGCCUCGCCUCGGGCAACUUCCCGGACGACGGCUUGAUAACCUUCGCGAGCGGCGCCCAACCCACACCGCCCCUCACGGAGCAGCAGUCCAAGUCCUGGGCGCGCUUCCCGCACGGCGUCGACUUCGUGCUGCGGAAGGAGGGCCUGCUCCAGCAAUCAGUGGGCUUCGACGCCGUCGUCUGGGGCAACAUCCCGGGCGGCGGCAUGAGCCGGUUUUUAAGCCGCGUCGAUGGCGUCGGGGCCGGACGCGAUCAACAACGCGCCGCGCCGCAGGUCCGCGUCGCUCUGCCUCAACCUGAUCGCGACGUGGCUCGACGUGAACCAGGCGACGCUCCCGCCGCCGGCGCCGGGAAGCCUGGCGCGCGAGGUCGAGCUCGCCGUGCAGGUGGAGAACGCCUACGUCGGCAGCCCGUGCGGCAACCUCGACCAGAUCAUGAUUUGGCACGCACGGGAAAACGCCGGCACGCUCUACGAGCCCGAGGCCAAAAAGAUCAGUUACAUCCCGCUCGGCGCGGGCGCGCCGGACUUUGCCUUCGUGGCACUCGACACGGGCACGGACCGGCCCGGCCUCGAGAAGUCGACCUACAAAAUCAGAAGAGAGGAGUGCGACGCCUUCGCCGAGGAGCUCUUCGCGAAGAGUUUCAUUAAUAGACCGGUGCUCGCGGACGUCAAGGACUUCGGUAAAAUCCGCGACGCCUACCAUUCGACGGCGUGGGCGCCGCACCUGGAGCGCCUCGCGUACCUCGUGAGCGCCCAGCACAACUUCGGCGGGAUGAUCGACGCGUGGCGCAGCGGCGACGUUGCGAAGGUGGGCGAGAUGUUCAGAGCCGACGGCUGGGGGCUGCGCGACCUCUACUGCAUCAGCGGGCCGGAGCUCGAGACCAUGUGCGACAUCGCGCGCACCGUCGACGGUGUUUAUGGAGAGCGCAUGCUGGGGGGCGGCGACAAGGGCGCGGCCGGCGCCAUCGUGAGAGCGGACGCCGUCGCGGCGCUCAAGGCGGCCGUCGCGCGCGCCUACCCCCUGGCGCACCCGCUCUACAAGUGCGCCGUGCACGAGGUCCGCGUCACGACCGGCGUCGCGACGUUCGAGGGGGCGCUCUAAUGUGUGUUGACAGACAACGAA